AUGGCACCAUCGACAUCCGUUGCAAGAAUUGCUGCCAGCUCUUUAAAGCCAAAAAAAGCAACCCGUCAGAAGUCUUCAAUGAAAGAAGCGUUUCUUCCCACUCAAGCAGGAGGGUCAGCAGAUGAAGACGUAGAGCUGGACGAGGACAGGGAGAACUGGGCAUCAAUGCGACUCGAGGACGCUCCGGAAAUGAAUCAAGACGAAGUGAUGAUCGACGAUGCUGCCGUGCCAACGGAACGAGCCCCUCAGAUUCCGUCACUCGAAUCCGCUGGUCCUUCAUUCCCCCCCCUUUCUGCCGCCGCUCAACGAGUGUAUGUAAAAACGGACAGUCGAAAGAUAGCGAUACCACCGCAUCGAAUGACACCGAUUAAGAAGGAUUGGGUCCAUAUAUUUACACCGCUUGUUGAAAUGCUGGGCCUGCAAGUACGAAUGAACACGCGCAGGGGAUGUGUGGAGCUUCGGUCAUCCAAGCAUACCGACGAGACUGGAGCACUCCAAAAAGGUGCUGAGUUCGUAAAGGCGUACGCGUUGGGUUUUGAUGUCAACGACUGUCUCGCCAUCCUCCGGAUGGAUGAUCUCUACAUCGACACAUUUGAGAUCAAGGACGUAAAGACGCUGCACGGUGAUCAUUUGUCCAGAGCUAUAGGCCGUAUCGCUGGUCAGGAUGGGAAGACUAAAUUCACCAUCGAAAAUGCUACUCGCACGAGGAUAGUGUUGGCAGAGACUAAGAUUCACAUUUUGGGGUCGUUCCAAAAUAUCAAGAUUGCUCGAGACGCCAUUAGCAACCUCAUUCUUGGUAGCCCACCAGGUAAAGUGUAUGCCUCCCUUCGAGUCAUUGGGGCUCGGAUGAAGCAGCGGGCAUUUUAA